GUGAAAGGAGGAGGGAUAGAUGUCCACCCUACAGAGAAGGCCCUGAUCGUGAACUAUGAGGUAGAAGCUACAAUUCUGGGAGAGCUGGGAGAUCCCAUGCUGGGGGAGAGGAAGGAGUGCCAGAAAGUGAUCAAGGUCAAACACCUGAACCAGAACAGCAACAUCGCGCUGCUGGCGCGGGAAAUCGUGGAGAAGUGUAAACUGAUCCACCCCAGCAAGCUGCCCGAAGUCGAACAGCUGCUGUACUAUCUACAAAACAGGAAGGACGCACCCCUCUCCUCAGCUGACAAGAAGGGGUCAUCGACCUUCACAGGACAGCUGAAGGACCCGCCGCCCUUCGACGGCAUGGAGGUUGACGAGGUGGCGAACAUUAACGACCUUGAUGACUACAUGGAGCUGUUGUACGAGGAUGUCCCUAAGAAAGUCCGAGGUUCUGCACUAAUUCUGCAACUGUCCCGUAACCCUGACAACCUUGAAGAACUGGUGCAGAAUGAGAACAUCCUGAGUGCGUUGGCACGGGUUCUGCGGGAAGACUGGAAACGGAGCACGGAGCUCGCCACAAACAUCAUCUACGUCUUCUUCUGCUUCUCCAGCUUCUCACAGUUUCACCCGGUUAUCUCACAUUAUAAGAUCGGAGCUUUGUGUAUGGACAUCAUCAGACAGGAGCUGGAUAAACAUGACUUGUGGAAAUCUGAACUCGAGAAAAAGAAGAAAAUACUGGAAGAAAAGCCCGACAGCAGCUCGACUAAGAAGGACUACGAGAAGAGUCUGAAGAAGUUUGAGAGUCUCGUGAAGAAACAGGAACAGCUGAUGAGAGUGUCGUUCUACAUGUUAUUGAACCUGGCAGAAGACUACAAAGUGGAGAUGAAGAUGAGAAACAAGUCCAUCAUUCCGGUACUGAUUCGGACCCUGGACAGGGACAACUUUGAGCUGCUGAUCCUUGUCGUGUCUUUCCUGAAGAAGCUCAGUAUCUAUGUGGAGAAUAAGAACGACAUGGCGGAGCAGGAAGUGGUGGAGAAACUGGCCAGACUCAUUCCCUGUGAUCACGAGGACCUGUUGAAUAUCACCCUGCGUCUGCUGCUGAAUCUGUCCUUCGACACGGACAUGAGAGGAAAGAUCGUCAAAGUCGGCCUCCUGCCCAAACUCACGGCACUCAUCAAUAAUGAGAACCACCGAGUGGUUGUCCUGUGUAUCCUGUACCACAUCAGUAUGGACGACCGCUGCAAGUCCAUGUUCACUUACACAGACUGCAUUCCUGUGGUGAUGAAGAUGGUUCUGGAGUGCCCAGACAAACAGGUAGACCUGGAGCUGGUUGCCCUGUGUAUAAACCUGUAUUAUCUCCUGUAUUAUCUCACCUGUUGUCUCACCUGUUGUCUCACCUGUUCCCAGGUGAUGAAGAUGGUUCUGGAGUGCCCAGACAAGCAGGUAGACCUAGAGCUGGUUGCCCUGUGUAUAAACCUGGCCAUUAACAAGCGAAACGCCCAGCUGGUGUGCGAGGGCAGCGGCCUGAAGCUGCUCAUGAAGAGAGCCUUCAAGACAAAGGACCCGCUUCUCAUGAAGAUGGUCCGAAACAUCUCCCAGCACGACGGGCCAACCAAGGGCAUGUUUGUGGAGUAUGUGGCUGAUUUGGCCAACGCCAUUAAGAACUGUGAGGACGACGACUUCGUGAUCGAGUGCCUGGGCAUCCUGGGUAAUCUGACCAUCCCUGACCUGAACUAUGAACUCCUGCUGCAGGAGUACGACCUUGUGACCUUCAUCAAGGACAAACUCAAACCUGGGAAUGCAGAGGACGACGUUGUGUUAGAAACAGUGAUACUGGUGGGAACAGUGUCCACAGAUGAAGACUGUGCCGCCAUGUUGUCCAAGGCCGGAGUCAUCCAACAACUCAUUGACCUGCUGAAUGCUAAACAAGAAGACGAUGAGGUUGUUCUGCAGAUUGUGUACGUGUUCUACCAGAUGAUUUUCCACGAGGCGACGCGAGAGGUCAUCAUUAAGGACACACAAGCCUCAGCGUACCUGAUUGACCUGAUGCACGAUAAGAACGCAGAGAUCAGGAAGGUUUGCGACAACACACUGGACAUUAUCGCGGAGAAUGAUGAGGAGUGGGGUAAGAAGAUAAAACUUGAGAAGUUCCGGUGGCACAACUCCCAGUGGCUGGAGAUGGUGGAGUCCAGGCAGAUGGACGACUCUGAUGCUCUGAUGUACGGAGACGACGGCUUUGGGCCGUACCUGCACGAGGAGGACAUACUGGACAGGCCGGACCUGUUUUACACACAUGCAGAUGCAGACGGGAUGAUCCUCCAUGACGGAAACGUGAGUCCGUCAGACCUGCUCGACGACUACGGCAUGCAGAACGGAAUGGGGCAUCCUGGGUACGGGAGGUACGACCCAGGAUACGACGGUCCGUACUUCAUGAUGAACGGGCAGCCUGUGGACGAGUUUGGCCGUCCGGCGUACCCGUACGAGGUGCCUGUGGAUCCGUACGGCCGUCCGAUAACACCGGGCGAUAUGGAGGGGGAACACCCGGGAUACGGGUACAGAUAGGGGAGUAUUAACUAAACCAUUACAACAUUACAGCUGUAAUAGUAAAGGAUGCAACAAGCGUACAAAAUGUAAUGAGUCGGUAACAAAUUUGUUGUCGUAUUUCAGUCAUCUGUUAUUCACUAUGUACAAAUGGUAGGAAUAUUCUCAUCCAAAUGUUCCUUACACUGGGAUACUGGUAAAGAUAUAGGGCAGGGCAACUGAUUCAACACAAUGAACAAUGUUUCAAAAAGUAAGCUAACAACAUCAUUAGAGAUGUGAAGACGAUAACAAGACAAAUCAGUUGAUUUGGUUACCGUAAUAAACUUUUAAUGCAAAGUAAAACAGCUGUAAGACUAGGAGACACAAGACUGUCACUUACAAUGAAUCCAAUAACAAGUUUAAAAAGGUAUUUUUAAUUAAGAUAAGUUGGUAACAACUUUGUUGCUCACUUUCAAGAUUUAACAUAAGUCACGCCCAAAGCAUGCCGCACAUCAAAUAUUAUGACAACACAAUUUACACUUAAUCCUGCUGAUAUACAUGUACAAUAGCAUAGACUAUUCUGGAGUCACAGAAAAUUUGUUAAGUGUUCUUUGAAGGGCAAUUGCCUAAGCUAUCAUUUGUGAUGUGUUUUUGUACCUGUACUUAGGGCUGAAAAAGUAUUGUUAAUUGAGAUAAGUUGGUAACAAAUUUGUUGCUCACUUUCAAGACUUAACAUCAGUCACGUCCAAAGCAUGCCGCACAUCAAAUAUUAUGACAACACAAUUUACACUUAUCCUUCUUAUAUACAUGUACAUGAGAGCAUAGACUAUUCUGGAGUCACAGAAAAUUUGUUAAGUUUCCUUUGAAGGGCAAAUGCCUAUGCUAUCAAUUGUGAUGUGUUUUUUACCUGUACUUAGGGCUGUGUUUGUGAAGUGAAUUAAAAAAAGGAAGCCAAUAUAUGCCUAAAACACUGCUGUAGGGGCUGUUGGUUUGUUUCUGUUGUCUGUUAAGACCCAAGGCUAUUCAUUGGAUCAACUAGCAGUAAUGACAUCUGAAAUAAAACUC